UCACACUCCGCAAACCAUCGGCAUGCUUCUAUAGCUAUGCCGCUGCGGACUCGCCGUCUUCCUCGCGAGGAUAUCACAUACUCCGUUGCGCAGGACAGAGAAGUGAACGUCCUGCAUCAGCUUGAAUACUGCGACAAGAAAGACAGGUUCUUUGAUUGUCUCUAUCGUAAACGCAACUUGAUGCAGGCAGUUGUCGCUCAUCAUUUGAGCCUCCAGUUACCGGAUGCGUGCAAUAUAGCGGAUAUGUCGGAGUGGCUCCAUGGCAGCUUCAACGUGUGUGUCCCGGUCACCAUUUUGACGUGGCAGGGGAAGCGCGUCCUUCUGCGGUUCCCAUUACCAUACCGUGUUGGAGACUCCUUUCAGCCAGGCAAUGGAGACGAGAAGAUUCGAUGUGAGGCGGGCACCUAUGCAUGGCUUGACGAAAAUUGUCCCGAGGUGCCGAUUCCACGGUUAUAUGGCUUUGCGUUGUCUACAGGUCAGACGUUCACACGGCUGGAAAGUUUACCAUUCUUACGUCAAUAUAUCCAACGCUUACGCCGACACGUCUUGUCAUGGCUCGGGUACCCCGUCCCUUCACGAUAUGUCCGACACGACAUCGGAAGCUUAGUUUUAGCAGAUGCAGGCUAUCUAUUGACCGAGUAUAUCGAGGAAACACAAGGAGAGAUGCUCUCUAACACUUGGUUAGAAAAGCAGCACGAUUCGAGGUUACAGACCAAUCUUUUUCACGAUCUUUCGCGAAUUAUCCUGAGUAUCAGUCGAAUUGCCUUACCAAGAAUUGGCUCCUUUGUUAUUGACAACGGUGGGUUCUUGAGCUUAACAAACCGACCACUCUCGAUAGAGAUCCAGGCACUGGAAAACGAGGAGGUUCCUACAAACAUUCGAAGAGACUAUACCUAUACUACUGUCGAUUCCUACAUCGUCGAUAUGCUUGCUUUCCACGAUAGUCGCCUUCGAAGCCAGCCGAAUGCAAUCAAUGAUAUUAACGACUCUGUAUCUCAGAUGUCAGCCUUAGGGGCGAUGCGUACGAUUAUGCCCCUCUUCUUGCGGCGGGAGCUGCGGCGCGGGCCCUUUGUUUUUACUUUGACAGAUUUACACCAGAGCAAUAUUUUUGUGGAUAAAGACUGGCAUAUUACCUCGCUGGUAGACCUGGAAUGGGGAUGCUCUCGACCUAUAGAGAUGGUGGAACCACCUUUCUGGCUUACAAACAAAGGCGUCGAUCAGAUACUGCCGGACGAAUUCAACAAGGUACGGGUUGAAUUCAUGGAGAUUUUAGAAGAAGAGGAACAGUUGGCAGCGAGCAAUACUACUGAGAGGGGAGGGUUGCGACUGGCAGACGUAAUGAACCAGGCUUGGGAGAUGGGGACAUUUUGGUAUACGCUUGCGUUGUCUAGUCCGACUGGCCUUUUCCAAUUGUUUUACCAUCACAUCCAGCCCCGGCUCAUUAGCAUCCACGACGAAGAUCCAGACAACGUCAUGCCGUACUACUGGGCACAGGACGUCUUUCAGAUUAUAUCGCGCAAGUUAUCCGAUAAGAAAGAAUAUGACCAGCAGCUUCGCAAAGCUUUCGAUGACUCUACGAUAGAGUAAUCAUCUUUAAUUAUUUUUUACCUCCACUGCUCGACGAAUCGCUUUUCGCAACUUCUUUCUCAAACGCUUUACUCAAACUGGCUGCUGCCCGUUCGUUCCGAUUGUUAUCUCUCUUCCUUUGCGCGGCCCGACCGGAGGAGCUAAGCUGCUGGAGGCUCUUGACGUUGCCCUUGACCCCAACCUCUGCCUCCUGACCGGGUUCUGACUUCUUGGAUUUGGAUUCACUAGCCAUUGUGGAGCUUGGAAAUUCUUUCAAAAUUUAGAAGGUUAAACAUACUGGGAUAUCUCCUACUCACCUUGCUUCCUUAGCGGAGGCUAGAUCUUCCGGAGAUAGCUAUGCUCAGUGAUAAGAUGUCGUCGAAAUUGUAAUUCCACGAGAGUGAAGGUAUUUCUUUUUCGUUAUCAGGAUUAUACGUAUUAUCUUACCCUUAUAUUAUAUGCUUCUCCGAAGUGCACAUAUGUCUCAUGUGAUAGAUGAUGAAUAUGCACCACGACGUGGCCGUACGCCUCAAAGCACUGGAGCCUAAAUUAUGCGGUUCUUUCGGCCACUUGCUUCUACGUGUGGCGGCUCCACCAUUAGCGCGCCUGAGUUUCUGUCGCGGAAAUAAUAAUUUGAACAAGGAUUGCCGAGUCUAGCUUUUCGAACGACAGGCAUUGUUGUCCAUCCUUUGAGAAACAAUCGGCGUUGGGGUAUUCCGAGUUUCGAGGAGUGGACACAGGAUUCUACAAACUUCUAGAGAG